UUAUAGAAAUCCAAUGAAAAAAAACCCAAACAUAAAUCAUUUUAUCUAUCAUCUGAGCAGUAAGGAGGGGAACAUGGGAGAAAUAGGGAUGAGGAGUAAACACCAGCUGAGAGCAGAGGCAUCAGCUCUGUCUUCACUGCGUGUCUUCCCUCUCCAUGCUGACAGUGUCAAUAUACUUCUCUGAGAACAGUUACAGUCAGUGUUGCUAAGAAACCCCAAAAAUGGUUUAUGAGGGGCUAAACUGCCUCUGAUGUGGCCCCAAUUAUGGGUGUAUAUGGUGAGCAGGACAGAAAGCUCUCAGCCCUGUGAACUCAGGAGGGAAGGCACAACUCCAAAAAUGCAUUUUAUUGUUCUCUGCUGAUAAUGAAAACCCUACUGAGAAUUAUAGCGACCCUGAAACCACAUUCUUUGUUCUUAUUCUGUUCUGAUGUUACCCCUUGUGUUCUUUUGUGAGGUGUAUUUCAGCUCAUCUUUCAUUUGGCUGAAGGGAAGCUGUUCCAAUGGCCUCAGAAAGGCAAAGUGAGGAUACAGAGCACCUGUCUGAGCCUCCUGCAGCUCCUCUUCAGAGUGGCAGAACAUUUCAAUGGGGAGCUAUACUUGCUGCAGUGAAAGAUCAGCUACCAUCUCUGGACUCUGAUGACUCCACACCUGACUGUGACAGUGAUGGGGAGCUUUUCAUCUUCCAGCGGGAACAGCCAAACUUAAUUCCUGACCUGUCAGAAGAACUGAUGGAUUUUUCCUUGGACGACUCAAACAUGCAGCAAACCCAAGGAACAGAAAGCCAUCCAUGGGAGAUCUGUAGUGGAGAUCUAGAAAGCUUUGGGUUUCAGAAAAAAACAGAUGGUGCCCAAGUCAUUGCAAAAGAUGGUGUACAAGUGAUUAAAGGUGAGACUCCCAGUCUUGCCAGCUAUACUGAAGAAAUGCAAAACCAAAAGGCAGCUGUUGGUGAAGAGUCUCUUGCAGAUCCCACAGACUGCCUUGAAGGGGAAGAACUGGACACGACACAGGCCAGGGAAAGACAGACCUCUUUGCUUAAUAAAGCAUUGUCUGUGGAGGAUUUGAGCAACCGGAAAGAGAGAAGAAAACUGAUAGAGACAAAAAUACUCUCCAAAAUAAUCCUGGAGCCAUCACGAGGCCACUCAGAGCCAGAUGUCAAGCCUUCCUCCCAUGAUAUUAACAACAGCCUAUUAAAAACUGAUAAGGAAGAAAACUCUUCAGGUCAUCUUCAAGGAUCGACCCAUCUGUCACUGCAGAGCAUUGAAAAAUGGGAUCUAGACAAGAUUCUUGAGGAGCCGGAGCAGCAGAAAGAUAACAUUCAUGCAGAAGUUCCUUUCUCCUUGGCAGAUCAUGGCACCUUCAGGAGUAAAUCUGAAAAUCAGCUCAUGGAAAAGCUAAAAGAGCUGUGUGCCAGGCAGUCUAGGACUAUGUCUCCAUAUUGCAGGUGGCCAUCAGCCAAGCUCUCCUUUCAAGAACAUCAGAACUAUAAGGAUGCUGCCUUGCUAUCAUCUCCACGAAGUUCUUCAAGGAUGGAUAUGGUGAGCUUACAGAGCCUGCCAGACCCUGCAACCGUGUACAUCGACCUGAGAGAUGCUAAACCACAGGAGUCAGUAACAUUCCCUGAUGAGCAGCAAAGCACAAGUGACAGCUCCACUGAAGAAGAAGAGACUAUGAUGAUUGAGGACCAAGCAGAAAGGAGAAGGAGGAAUUGUUCAGCGAAAAGCCUGCUACUCCAACAACUCCAUAGAGCCCAUAAAGAAGCCUCAGAGCUUUCUCAUGAAACAUCUACACCAGCUGAAAAACUUGAAGGAAUAAAACAGGAUCCAGAAAGUCUGGAAGAGAUAGGUGCAUCUGAAAUAAAUCAAACCCCAUAUUAUGAAGUGAGGCAAGAGACAAGUAAGGUGAUUCCCAGGAUAAGAUUGGAACCAGAGAAGACAAAUACCCCCUUGUCAAGCCAUGGGGGUAAUGGAAGUGACAUAGAGAAAGAAACCAAAAUGGAAGCUGAAAAGGUUCAGAAUCCAGGAAAUUCUCCAGUGCCUCCUCUAGCUACACCAGAAUUGCCAAGGGCAGAAGAAAGUAAAAAAGAGCUAUCCCAAAAGGAAGAACAGAUGAAAGAGAGACACAGGAGACACAGAUUCCAGGAGCAGCUGGAGAGAUUGCAGCCUCAGCAGUCAGUUACUGGAAAGCAGCCCAUGGCAGAGAAUACCCCUGUUUUGUUCCACAUGGAAGCCUCUUACUUGCCAGCUAUUGACACAUUGCCUAGUCCACACAGUAUGAAAAAUGAGGUGCUACUUCUGACCUUUCGGCUGUCAAGUUGUGGCCAAGUAGCUACAGAUCAGCACAGGGAGCAGGGGCCUGCCAUGCUGCUGAGAGCAGCCAAAAUCUACCAGGCUCUUGUGACAUGGCUGCUCUCUCUGGUGCCUUCUGUGAAAAUGGAAGAUGGACCCAAAGCUCUGUUUGAGGUGGUAGGGCUGCAGCAGGCCUCGGGAGAGGGUGGCUUGGCCCUACAUGCUUGUCUAACAGCAGCAGAUGAGCCUUCAGCCCAGAACAGCACUGAGACCCAGAAGAUAAAAGUUGCCAUGGUGUUCCUGUUUGAAAGGCUCUUUCAAAGUCCCCUGGCUACCCAUCACAUGUUGCAGCUGGUACUCAGUGCGGGUCUGGAUACCUGUGGACUCCACCUGCUCUGUCCUCAGCAGGAAGUGCUGCUCUCCUGCUCAGGAAAGCUGUCUUCUUCUUGUACUUCAAAGACAAGCAAGGUUCAACCAGUGGUGGCAUUGGGUGUGAGAGGGCCUGAAGCAUGCAGCAACUUGCAGGCCCCACAGCUGGCCAGCAUGACGGACUGCAGCUCCAUCAGUGCCAUCUACUGCAGAAGCCCAGAGGAUCCUCUCAUCCACCUGCCCCUCCUGGACAGCUAUGCACAAAGGGAGCUCUGCCUCUGGUUUGGAGGGAGGGCUGCUGCAUCAGCACUGCAUGCUGGUGUCCUGCGUACAGAUUCCCAGUGCGACAGAGCAAGCUCACAUAGCCCUUUAUCAACUAGGGCAGAAGCAGAUGAAGAACAGGUUGAUCUCCAGGGCAUGGUGCUGUCUCAACCUCUAGCAAUGCUUGUCUCAAGUACCAAAGGGGAUGUCAUUUUGAUGGUGUCACCUCUGAUAUCUCCUUGUGCAUAUGGUAAUGUGAUUUCAGUCUGUACUCGUCGGGGGUUUGUCCUGCAAGGAGUCAGACAGCUGCAGCUUUCACCUGAGCAAGCUGCUGUGCUGAGCAUGACACAAAGUCAGGUUGCUGUAUUUUGCCCUAGCAAGAUUUCAAGUUCUCCUGACAGUUCUGCAACAGGAGAGUUCUCUGCUGAACCAUACAUGCACUGUCUUGUUUUGCUGCUGAGGAAGGAGAAUGCUUGUCAUCACAUUCCUGCACUGGUGAAAGGACUGAUGGAUGAACUGGCAAAGCAAGGCCAUGUACAGAGCAGCCAGGCUCCCACUGCCCAACCCAACCCCUCCAUGUGGUUUCAUGUGGCUCCUUACACCGAGACCUUGCUGCAGGCACUGGGAGGAAGCCUCAGUGCAGUGCCAGAGCCCCGUUACAUUCCUCUGGAUUUUUUCUGCAAUCGAACCUAUGCUUCUGAUCCUGAAAUGGAGCAAGUUGUCAUGCUGGCAGUGGUUGGAACAGAUGCUAUGAAGAGCGCUGGAGAGCUCCUUCACCAGAUCCUUCUUCCUGGGCCCAAUAGUCCGUCUCAGAGCCCAGAAGAGCACAGUUUGGGAUUUGAGCUCCUUGGUCUCAAAUGGUUGUCCCAUCUCACUCGAUGUCAGGCCAAAGAAGUAACCCCUUUUGAAGUUGGAGAUACUUCCUGGCAAAGCAGCCUUGAUACACUAAUGUCAAACCCAGUCCUUGUGUGUGCAUUACGGCGGACCAAUGCCUUCAGAGUUCUUGCAGAUGCAUUGGAGAGAUUAACACAAUGGAGGGAGAAGCUGAGCAAAAGUGGCGGUCUUCUACAGGUAGUAAUGGCCCUGACCCCAGAGGUGACAUUCAGGCAAGCCAUCCUCUUCUUCACAGAGAAGGAGUUUGUAACUGAUGCAGAACACCGCCCUGCUAGGAAAUACCUGCCACCACCUGACAAGAGGGCCAGGGCUGAAGUGGGAGAGAGGCAGGGAUGCCACGGAGAAUCUCUGUUCACCUAUUUACAAACAGGAGCCCAGAUUCUUUGCACAGUGCUGCUGAUCAAACCCGGUGCCUGGAGCCGCAGUUUUGCAAGGAUCCUCCGAAAACUAGACCUGGAAAAAUUCACUGUGGUUGGCAUGAAGCACAUAAACCUGGAACCAGGUGUUGCCUUACGACUCCUUUCUUCUGAAGUGAAACAGGAUCCUGCUGUUUUAGAAGCUCACUGUUCCUACCUUAUUUCAGGCACUGCUCUCGUGCUGUGUCUUCAGAGGCCAAAUGCUGUGAAGAAGCUGAUAGAUUUACUGGGGCCAGAGGACCCUAAAGUAGCCCAAGCACUAGAUCCAUACCUCUGGAGGGCUCAGUAUGGCACCAGCACAGUCCAAAAUGGAUUUUAUGGCUCUGAAUCCUAUCAAAUAGCUGUCCGGGAUAUGAAGCUGUUUUUCCCAGAAGGGCUGUGCUAUGCCAAGUGUCCGACAUUAGAGGAGGAAGAGAUCUAUAACCUGAAACGUGACCCCAUAGUCAGUUUGGAAAUCAAGAAGCACCGGAAGAUCAUAAAGUGUGGGGCAGGAGGACAGCUCAGUUCACUGGGCUCUGAGCAGCCAUGCAACCUUGAUCAGCCAUUGCUUGACAACCUCUGCCAAACCACUUGCCUCCUAUUGCCGGGGGUGAGCCUUCAGGGUUCAGAGCCCCCACCUUAUGUGGAACUGCUUGAUGAGCUCAUUGGCACAGAUUUCACAGUGACUGGAGUACGUCUCACUGUUCUGGACAUGCCACAAGCUCGCUGCAUCUCCAAGACACUAAGCAAUUCAGGAUGGAGUGCUGCAGUACAGUGUUCUCUUUUAAAGAAUGGUUUGUGUCUGGUGCUGGCAGUACAGCGAGACAAUGCAGUCAUUUCCUUCAACUCCCUGCUGGACAGGGUCAGUUGGCAAAAGCAGUCAGUCCUGGACACUGUGCAGCAUCUCCUUUAUCCUCAAAAUGAGAAUCAGGCUGAAGAGCUGCUCUGUUGCCUUUUUGACUCCCUGACAUCUGAGAGCAUCCACCAGAUUGAAUCCCAGGAUUGCUAGCCAGGAUGGUCCAAGCUUCCAAGCAUGGGUGGAUGCCGCUGCGGGUAUCUGUGCAGAUGGACACUCAGGGGACACCCAGCCUCUAAGAGCACUGAUGUUUGUUUGUCAUUAAAACAUAAUGUCUGAA